AUGACUGCCACCAUGGAGAAAUCCAAAAACUUUCGCAUCGAUGCGCUGCUGGCGCAAGACGUGGAACAGAGGACGGACGGCGAUGGUGCUUCCCCUGGGUUAUAUUACAGCAGGAGCCCCGGCGACAGUCCAGUGUCAAACCGAGGUUCUGAGACGCCCUCCCCUCAUCCAAACCCAGCGAACUCCUCUCCAGCCAGGACAGGAGUCCUGCACAAAUCCCAGCUCUUCAACCUAUCCCAGUCAGGACUCACUGCUCUGCAUCAAGGGGGUCUCAUCGGAAUGUACCCGGGCUCCAUGUACCCUCUGGGGGCCCUCGGAGGCCAGCACCCCGCCUUUAUAUACCCUGGCUUUACGCAGCUGGUCCAACCAUAUCCGGAGCAGCUAAAGGGGGCCACCAUGACCGGGACUCUGCCACUGGAGCCCUGGAUCAGAGCCGGGUUGAUGUUACCCAGAUUUGGAGAAUAUGGAGCUCAGGCCCAGGCAGGUUUGCUGGGGAAGUGUCGGAGGCCCAGGACAGCGUUCACCAGUCAGCAGCUGCUGGAAUUAGAGAACCAGUUCAAGCUCAACAAGUACCUGUCCAGGCCUAAACGCUUUGAGGUGGCCACUUCACUCAUGUUGACUGAGACUCAGGUUAAGAUCUGGUUCCAGAACAGACGUAUGAAGUGGAAGAGAAGUCGCAAAGCCAAGGAACAAGCAGCCCUAACUUCCUCACUGACUGAUACAGAAAGAAAUGGGAUGGACAUACACAGUGCCAAGCCUCAGGGUGACUCACACAGCUCAAGCCUAGAGGAUGAAGAGGAGCUUGACGGGGAGGAUGAGGAAGAAAAAGAGGAGGCAGAGGUGCUGAGGGCAGGCUCAUUAGGCCCUGUAGGCUUCAUGCGGCAUGCUGUAGGAGGAGCAGGGAACUACAGCUCCUAUGUAGAGGAGGAGCUAGAGGAGGGCGGCCCAAGAAUAAAAAGCAGGGUUUUUCCAUAG